AUGUCAUCAGUCACCACAGAGCCGAGCUCCACGGAGACCGUGACGUCACGGGUCAGCUCGAGCAAAGACUACCUGGACGAAAGGUCAAAGUCCAUCAUCUCCCUGAACGGCUCCGCCAACGUCACGCAGCCCUUGACAGGGGGAGACAACGUCAUCCGCGUCUACAGGUCCUCGCCUCACUACUUGCCCUUGGCGUGCCUGGCGCUGCUUCUGAACCCGUUUCUGGGGAUUCCCGCGGUGGUCUGCAGUCUUCUUUCUCGGAAGUACCGCAAGGACGGGAACUCGACCUCCUCCGGGAAGUGCAGCGAGCUGGCGCUCUGGCUGAGCAUCAUAGCCAUUGCGUCGGCUCUGGUCAUCAUCGUGUUCGCCAUCGUGUAUGCAUUCGUCAUCACACCCAACAUCAUUAUGACCAUUGGUGGGAUCCCGGGCGAGAUGGACGUCGGUCAGGCGACAGUCGAGGACAUGGGGUUCUCGCACGUGACAGUGGCAGCUUGAGUCGCCCACCAGUGGGGGAAUCAUAAGGUAGAGUCAUGUGAUAUGAGCACGGAAGAACCACCAAUCAGGCGGCAUGACAACUGGAUGACUCUGCAGUUGGAUGACAUGACAGCUGGACGACUCGACAAUAGGAUGACAUGGCAUUUGGAAGACAUGACGAAUGGAUGAAAUAACAACUGGAUGCAAUGACGACUGGAUGACAUGACAAAAAGAUGACGACAUGACAAACUGUAUGACGCAUAAUCUCUACAAAAUGAUAACUGAAUAGCAUGAUAUCCAGCAGGGAUGAAAACAGUACGACUGUCAGCAUCUUGAAGACGUUUGUCAAAAAGACGAAUGAUCGAUGGUCAUUUCAUGACGUGCCAAUGGAUUUCUUAAAUAUAAAAUGUGCUUUUGGAGCCUGUAAUACGCCAUAGUUGCUACAAGGUACUUGGGACUAAAGGUGUGUUAACUACAGGACUAAAGGUGUGUCAAAUACUGGACUAAAGGUGUGUUAACUACAGGACUAAAGGUGUGUCAAAUACUGGACUAAAGGUGUGUUAACUACAGAACUAAAGGUGUGUCAAAUACUGAACUAAAGGUGUGUUAACUACAGGACUAAAGGUGUGUCAAAUACUGGACUAAAGGUGUGUUAA